GCUUCCGGGCUCUCAUCAUGGGGGACUAAGGAGCAGCGCUGGCCGCCCGCAUCCUCCCCUCCCGGCCCUCGCCCGCCAGUCCCCGGUUUCGCCGCCGGCCCCCGUCCCGUCCACCCUCGGCCCAGUCUCUGCGAAGUGGCGCCAGCCUCCCCGGGGAGCGGCCGGGGGAGGCGCCGGGUUCAUGUUCCGGGUCGCUGAACCUACCCCGACCCGAGCUCAGGCGGCGAGAAAGAGCUGGCAUUUCAGUAGGACUAUGGAGGAGCUGGUUCACGAUCUCGUUUCAGCACUGGAAGAAAGUUCAGAGCAAGCCAGAGGAGGUUUUGCUGAUACUGGAGAUCAUUCUCGAAGUGUGUCUUGUCUUUUAAAGCGACAGGCAAGGAAAAGGAGGGGACGAAAAAGACGUUCAUUUACCACACAUCAUCCCUGGGAGACUGGUCACUGCUUAAGUGAAGGUUCUGAUUCCAGUUUAGAAGAAUCAAACAAAGACUACAGGGAGAAUCAUGCUAAUAAGAAAGACCACAGUGACUCUGAUGACCAGUUGUUGGUUGCUAAACGUAGACCUUCCUCAAACUUAAAUAAUAUUAGAGGCAAAAGGCCUCUGUGGCAUGAACCAGAUUUGGCUGUUGACAGUUUGGGAAACAGAACUUUGCGCAGGAGAAGAAAGGUAAAACGGAUGGCAAUAGAUCUGCCAUCAGAAGUCUCUAAUGCACUGACAAUAACUCAACAGCAGGAUAACAGCAGAGAUCAAGAAAUGGAUAAUAACAAUAAAUCAUACCAACACCAAGAGUUUUCCAAGAGCAAAGUGAAAAAAAGAAAAGUAGCUGCCAUUCGACAAGGACCAGAAGUCUUGGAUGAAGGGGUAGUUAUAGAAAAUGAAGAAGUAAACCAAGCAAAUAAGGACAAAAUGGAGUACGAGGAGCAAAAAGGCUCAGAUGAGAACAUGAGUGACAGUGAAUCCAGCAGUCUGAGCAGCAGUGAUGCUGGUUUGUUUACCAAUGAUGAGGGAAGACAAGGUGAUGAUGAGCAGAGUGAUUGGUUUCAUGAAAAUGAGUCUGGUGGAGCAUGUGGAAUUACGGGGGUCAUUCCAUGGUGGGAACAAGAAGACUCUACAGAACUGGAGAGAGAAUUGCCUGAUCCAGUCUUUGAAAGUAUCUUAACUGGUACUUUCCCUCUUAUGUCUCGGUCAGGGAGGAGAGGUUUCCAGAGUAGAUUUAGCCAUCUUCAUGGAAUGCCAGCAAGAAACAUAAAAAAGGCUUCAGGAAACCAGAACGCAUUGAAGUCUGCUUCAAAAAAUCUGUCCUUAUUGUCUUUUUUUUUUUUUUGGUUGACUUCUGUGUGGUCAGGGGAAAGGGUAUAUACAAAAAAUUUAAUGCAAAUUAGUGAUGCACCUGUCAUAGACAUCAUGUGUUCCUUUGGACUGAGUCUGUUCUAAGUCUGUGACUACAAAUGAGAGAUGUUUAGGGUUUUUUUAGUGCUUUCAGCUCUAGAAGCAAUGUUUAUAAGUGAAGGAAAAAAUCCAACUGUCCUUGCAUUUUUGUACAAUGUAAUAACUGGAUUUUCCCGUAGCUUUUUUCUAAAAUAAGAUUCUAAUGAGUUUUUAAGAAUUUGCUCUUUGGAGGAGGGCAUGAGGAGAAGAGACACUUGACUUUUUAAACUAAAAUGUUAAAAUGUAUUCACUGUAGUGCAGUCUACUCCUUUCUUACCAGAAUAGUGUUUGGAAGAGAAGGAGAAUGUGGGAGACUCUUUAUCAGUGUGUAAUAAACAUAUCCCAGCAUGAUAAAUACUGCAACGUCGAUGUUCUUUAUUAUUUGAGAAUUUUAAAUGUUUUCAAAUUUUAAUUUGCCUAAACAAAAUAAGGCACUUUUGAGAAAUGUAAGAGCUAUUAUAUAUGGAGAGAAUAGAAAGGAACUGUUAGAAAUGUAACUUGUUUUGAAGAGGGAAGGUUUUUAUAAUUGAAGUCCCUGUCCAAUAAUUGCCAUUUGGAGCUGAAUAAGAUGCUUUAAAACCUUGGCCUGUGAUCUCUGCUGUUAGUGGUUGUGAAUUAGAUGAAUGCUGUCUAGUUCUUGGUUUCCUAUCUACCUAUUUUUAUUUUUGGUUCAGUGCUUGCCUGAGCAUAUCUGGGAUUUGUAGCCCAUUUUCUAGGCUUAUUGCAAUUUCACUCUGGUAUUUUAUAGGAGCUAUUAUAACUGAUAGGUUAGCUUCAUGGUAUUGAUGAUACAUGGCUUAACUACCCUAAAAACUGCUUUUUCCUCUAAAUUGUAAAAAGGUGAUUAAAUUUCAAUUGAUGAAGAUAUACUGUAAAUGCUUAUAUAUAAUAAAAAAUCCUAAUGUUUA